UUUCACAAGAAUAUCCCGUGCGCAGGAUGUCUAGGCGAGGUCGCAGAAGUGGUUACAAGAACUUCUCAAUCGCGGAGCAAAUGCUGCUGCGCAAUGUGCUAGACGAAAUACGCCCUCUAGGCAAAGACAUGUAGAGCGGGUCGCUCUUAAGUACAAUGUGAAUCGUCCCCGCGGCUCUCCUGAGCGCGACUACGAUUAUCUACGGCGCAAAUUCCGUAACUUGUGUUAAAACCGAAGCCUUCAGGAAUUAAUGGCGACGUACCCAAGUCGAAGAAACCAGUACUAUUGGUGCAAGAGAUACAUAUACACGUCGAGGCCAAAACAUCUGUGUUCGAAGGUUAUGAUGGAUGCGACGACGAAAGAGACGACGAGGAGUUGAUCGAUCACGUUCACUCGAUCGCGAAAGAGAAUCGGAGCUCAAGUGCUAACCCUACGGACGCACCUACCGACGGUCCUGAUACCCAAGUCCCCGAAGCCCACUCGUUUGCACUGAGAGAGGAUACCGAUAGCUGCCGUAAAACAAGCGACGCAGCUCAGCGAACAACGCGAUCUGUAAUGGAAGAAACAAACUUCACAAGUGAACCAGAUCGGAACGUUCUCGGUACCAUCGCAACGGCACAAGGCACCCUCUCGAUAAGAUCUACGGGUACUGCGUGACAAUUUUGUAGAAAUGGGAGGGAGGUUCUCAUUCUCGAGUCACAAGAGGACUGCGUCCGAACACUCUGGAUCAGGUACCUACGUCGCGUCCAAGCGUUUUAACGCCAAACAGAUAAUGGAGGAAAUGGAGAGGCGCGUACUAAACAACGAAGAUACUCAAAAAGCUGCGGGAGGUGAUAUCGCAAAUCUGAUGGCCUUCUUCAGAGAAGAUGCAAAUCGUAGAGCCGAAACAGAAGAAAAACGCCGUAGAGAAGAACGUCAAGAGCGUCGAGACGCUGAAAAGUUGGAUAGAGAGGAAAGAGAUCGCAUACGACGAGAGGAAAACGAGGAGAGACUGAAAUGCGAGCAAGCUACUCAAGAUCAGAUAGCUGCCAGAGAGGAAAGAGCCGAAUCCAAGAGAGCCGACAUGUCAGCUGAAAACAGAUAUCUGUUCGACGAACGAAUGAAGUUAGAGACCCGAGAACGCCAUCAGCAAAUCAUGCUACUGCUUUCGGCCCUUAUUCCCAAGAAAGCUGAGACUCAGAAACCCUUGGUUCCUCGUAGGUAA